ACCGACAUCACAGUGUAUCCCACUUUGCGAUUUGGUUUGGUCAUCAAUUGCGGUCACGAUGGCGUUCAGAAUAGAGAGCCUGACUCCGUUUCGGGAGGAUGCUCGACUGGCGACACUCCACGCUACAAGAUCGUCCGCUCUUCUUCCGAGAGCUUCAAGCCCUACUACGACUCAGACGCCGGAUGCCGAUUUCUGCCACAGGCCACAACAGCAACCGAUGGGGCACAGGUCUUGGGAGGACAUCUUGGUCCUGCGAACUGUGUGGGGCCGUCUACUUGCAAUGACUUGCCAGAGGAAGUCAUGAGCGGAAAAGCUCCCACCUUUCUUGAUGUGCAAGUUGAUGCUAGCUACGAGAAUCGUGUGAUGGUCGCCGCGACAUAUGAUGUGUGCUACUGCGACGAGAACUGUCUCAACAGUGCAUACUGGUUCAAGGCUGGUACAUUGGAUGUGGAGCCUGUUGAAAGUCAUUUCACGAUCGACUACACCACUGGCUCUUAUGGCGAGCUGCCAGCAAUUGUCAACACAGGCCGACUGCUUGUGAUCCUGGGAAAGGGCACGGAUGAGUCACCGGUGCAGGGCAGCUGGAGUGGAGGCACCGAUUCCAAGACACGCGAGAUGAAGUUUCUCAGAGAUGAUGACGGAAACGUGGACAAGGACUCUUGCCUCAACACAGAGCAACCUCUCGGCAUCUCCGGACACCGCUUGAUCAGCGGAAACACGGACUACACGGAACCACAGACCAUCCUUGAGGCUGAGGAUCCUGGCCGCCCUCGUGGACAGUUGUAUGGAUUAGUCUGCAACACCGCUGUCCCUCCGGUCUGUGCUGCCAACAUCCGCAUCUCUGUGCCGGGCUGGUAUGCUGUAUGCUACUGUGACUCCAAUUGCAACGAAGUCAGCAACUGGGCGGUGUUCGGACGUGAACUGAUUGCAGGCCCUCUGGCCCGGCAAACCUGGACAAGGUAUACAGGUGUCACCUUCAGCAUCGACGUGGAGGGCUACGAUCUGCAGGACACCAAUCGGGCGUUGAUCCUGAGUACCUCUCAGCAGCCGCAAGACUGCGGCAACGUGGCUCCAACUGGAAAUGCAUUCGGUCCCGUGGGGCAGGCGACCCUCCACACGCGUGAGACAACGAACUCCAGGAUGUCGACGAUGGCCUGGUCUGACAUGGGUACCGAGAUCUCCUUCGACAGGAGCCAUGGCCUCAAGGAUGGUGACCGAAUUCGGUUGUCAGGAGUAAAUCCGGACCCGACAGACACCAGCCUACCUGCGCGAAACUUGGCACUGAAGCGUGCCGAGAUGUACAACACCGUGCACGAGGUGUUCGUGUCUUGUGAUGAUGAUGCUACAUCGUGCUGGAAGAUAUUGGUCCCGGUCAGAUUCGCAGCUGCUGAGUUUCCAAACAUCCCCAACGUACCGAGUGCAGGGUGGUCUCGGACCUCCAAAGAGACCUUCAACAAGAUCAAGGUGGCGGACGGUGCUCAGUCACCCGAAG